AUGGACGCUGAUCAGUCAUUUUCGAUCUUGCGCCCACAAUCCGCCGUCAAUGACGUCAAAGGCUUGCAGGCCCCACGGGAGCCCACGCGCAUGCACGUCCAGCCCAAGACAGAAGAGGGCGGCCAGAACAGCCACAAAUGGUCAGCCUUGGCGUGUGCUGCGGCCUGUGGUGCAGCAGCAGUUCGUGGUACCAAACGCGCUCAGAAGCGUUCCGCUGUCCGACGUCAAGUGUACAAAGUCCGAGUAGAUUUGCCGGACCCCACGGAUUUGGAAAAGGAGAUUGAGAACGUCGCUGGACCUGCUUUGUCAAAGGAGCUAUCCAAAGAAGCUCAACAAAUCAGCCACGCAGCCUCUGAUUUCUUGCGUUCUGCGGAGAAGGCGUUGCCGAAAGUAACGCUUCCGGCACUUCCCAAAGUCACGCUCCCACCGAUUCCCCCAGAGCUGACAGCGGCCGCCAAGCAGCUGGCAGCAAAAGUGGAGGCAGCGGCGCCCAAUUUGGCCACUGACGUCAGCAAGCUGGCAACCCACUUGCCCCCAGACAUUGCCAAAGUCCUGCUGCAUCCCCAGGUGCUGGAGCCUGCCAUGCUGCCAGCGGGUGUCGGUGCAGCCGUGGUGUGGCUCUUGGCCCUGCGACGGGGCCCGCAACCCUGGCUGGAGGAGUUGCCUCGAGACUAUGACUAUGGCCGCAUCACCGCGUACUGGCAGCGCAGGCCAUUCAAGCUUCUCACGCGCUUCGUGGAGGCAGGAAUUAAGGUCGGCAGCUUCCUCUUUUCCUUGAAGGUGGACGAGUGGACCGGCGCGGAGGACAAGAUGAGACCGCAGCGGGCAGUAGAGGCCCGGGAGCUGAUCACGGACUUGGGCGUGACGUUCAUCAAGAUUGCUCAGGUUUGGGCUUCCCGUCCUGAUAUUUUGCCAAAGGAGUACUUGAAGGAGUACGAAAAGCUCUUGGAACAGGUGCGGCCCUUCGGCCGCGACCUCGCAUUGGAAACGCUGAAGCGCGGCGAGGGUGGCAAGGCGGCCAUUGACUUGUUCGAUGACCUUAGCGUCUUCGAGAAGCCCAUCGCUUCAGCGUCGGUGGGUCAGGUCUACAAGGCGGAGCUCUAUGGGAAGACCGUGGCAGUGAAGGUACAGCGACCGGACGUACGAGAGCAGUCUACCCUAGACCUCUACGUCAUCCGAACGGCUGGCUCCAUCGGAUCUCUCCUUCCUUGGCCAUUCCUGUCCACUGCUCGCCAGUCAAAGCAGCUGGUCGAGUUGAUCGACCUCACAGCCCCGACGUUCGUCCAGGAGCUGGACUACGAGGUGGAGGCUGAAAACCAGCGCCGGUUUGCCAAAACAGUCGAGGAUUGUGAGCUCAUCCGAGAUGCUGUUGAAGUGCCCGACAUCAUCUUUGCAAACCGUGAAGUGCUUGUGCAGGAGUGGCUGGAUGGAAAGAAGCUAACAGAGCCAGGUGCAGCGUCGGAUCAGGCUGGCCGUGUGGUCAAGCUCCUGCUGAACAGCUACAUGGUCCAGUUCUUGGAGACCGGGUACCUCCAUGGCGACCCCCAUCCCGGCAACUUCAUCCUCAUGGGAGAUGGUCGUCUGGGAAUUCUGGACUAUGGCCUCAUGACAGAAAUCAGCGGCGAGAAGCGCCUGGCCUUCAUCGAGUUCCUGAUGCACUUGCAGGCCAAGGAGUACAAGAGCUGCCUCAAUGACUUGAUCAACUUGGAGUUCUUCCCGCCGGCCCUAGCAGAGGACCAGGAGGCCUUGGACAUCAUUGUGCCAACGCUGGCCAACACCCUGUCCACGCUCUACGAGGAGGGCGGAGACCUCAAGAAGAAGCGGGAGAUGUUUGCAAAGCAGCGGGAAGAGAUGAAAGCCGCCGGCAAACUCGACGGCCUCCGGGAGAAGUUGCAGGCCAUCAGCAAGAAGUACGCCGGAGCCUUCAGGCUGCCGCCUUACUUCACUCUCAUCCUACGGGCUUUCGGUACUCUCGAGGGCUUGGGUCUGAAGACAGACGAGAACUUCGCAAUCGUCAAGGAGUGUUUCCCCUACAUCGCCAGGCGUUUGAUCACGGAUGACAGCUUCCGAAUGCGUGAAGCGUUGAGGUCUUACCUUUACAAGGGCCGAUCUCGCAUCGCCGUCUCCCGCAUCGAUGAGCUGGCGUCAGGCUUCGGCAACUUCACGAACUUGAUGAAGGGAAGCCGGACGGAGUCCGCGGCAGCGGGCGGCAUCCAGCUGAAGCCCGAGAAUGGCGAAACCAACGGCGCCACGCACAGCCAGGAUCGGCCGUCAGGUCAGCCUCGCGAGGUGGAUUCUGCCACGAGGGAGAUUGCGGAGGUGGUCUUUUCACCGGAUGGCAACUUUCUGCAGGACCUAGGUAGGCAUUGA